GCCUGGGCCGCCCCGUGUCCCCGGUGGAGCCGCCGCCGCCGCCGCCGGGAGCUCGAUGCGGACGGAGCCCGGGCCGGGCCAUGGGGAUCCUCAGCAUCACGGACCAGCCGCCCCUGGUCCAGGCCAUCUUUAGCCGAGAUGUGGAGGAAGUGCGUUCCCUCCUCUCGCAGAAGGAGAACAUCAAUGUACUGGACCAAGAGAGGCGGACCCCAUUGCAUGCUGCUGCCUACGUAGGCGAUGUCCCCAUCCUCCAGUUGCUACUGAUGUCAGGUGCUAAUGUCAAUGCUAAGGACACACUGUGGCUGACCCCUCUUCAUCGCGCUGCUGCUUCCCGAAAUGAGAAGGUGCUGGGACUGCUGCUGGCACAUUCAGCAGAUGUGAAUGCCCGGGACAAGCUGUGGCAGACCCCGCUGCACGUGGCUGCCGCCAACCGGGCCACCAAGUGUGCUGAGGCUCUGGCACCCCUGUUGAGUAGCCUCAACGUGGCUGACAGGAGUGGGCGCAGUGCCCUGCACCAUGCAGUGCACAGUGGGCAUCUAGAGACGGUGAAUCUGCUCCUGAACAAGGGAGCCAGCCUGAAUGUCUGUGACAAAAAGGAGCGGCAGCCUCUGCACUGGGCAGCUUUUCUAGGGCAUUUGGAGGUCCUGAAACUGCUGGUGGCACGGGGCGCUGACCUCGGCUGCAAGGACCGCAAGGGCUAUGGGCUACUCCACACAGCUGCUGCCAGUGGCCAGAUUGAAGUGGUGAAGUACCUGCUCCGGAUGGGGGCUGAGAUCGAUGAGCCCAACGCUUUUGGAAACACAGCUUUGCACAUCGCCUGCUACCUGGGCCAGGAUGCUGUGGCUAUUGAGCUGGUGAAUGCAGGAGCCAAUGUCAACCAGCCGAAUGACAAGGGCUUCACGCCACUGCAUGUGGCUGCAGUCUCCACCAAUGGCGCUCUCUGCUUGGAGCUGUUGGUCAAUAACGGGGCUGAUGUCAACUACCAGAGCAAGGAAGGGAAAAGUCCUCUGCACAUGGCUGCCAUCCAUGGUCGUUUCACCCGCUCCCAGAUCCUCAUCCAGAAUGGCAGCGAGAUUGAUUGUGCCGACAAAUUUGGGAACACGCCACUGCACGUGGCUGCUCGCUACGGACACGAGCUGCUCAUCAGCACCCUCAUGACCAAUGGCGCGGAUACCGCCCGGCGCGGCAUUCACGACAUGUUCCCUCUGCACUUAGCUGUUCUCUUUGGAUUCUCUGACUGUUGUCGUAAGCUUCUUUCCUCAGGUCAGCUGUACAGCAUUGUAUCUUCACUCAGCAAUGAGCACGUGCUUUCAGCUGGGUUUGACAUCAAUACGCCUGACAACCUUGGCCGCACCUGUCUUCAUGCUGCUGCUUCUGGAGGGAACGUUGAAUGUCUUAAUUUGCUGUUGAGCAGUGGAGCUGACUUGAGGAGGAGAGACAAGUUUGGAAGGACGGCCCUGCACUACGCAGCCGCCAACGGCAGCUACCAGUGUGCGGUCACGCUGGUGACGGCGGGCGCGGGCGUCAACGAGGCCGACUGUAAAGGCUGCUCUCCGCUGCACUACGCCGCUGCCUCUGACACCUACAGGAGAGCGGAAGCCCACUCACCUUCCAGCCACGACGCUGAAGAGGACGAGCCGCUGAAGGAGUCCCGCAGGAAGGAGGCCUUCUUCUGUCUGGAGUUCUUACUGGAUAACGGUGCAGACCCCUCCCUGCGGGACAGGCAGGGCUACACAGCCGUGCACUAUGCAGCCGCCUACGGCAACAGACAGAACCUCGAACUGCUCUUGGAAAUGUCCUUUAACUGCCUGGAGGAUGUGGAGAGCACCAUUCCAGUCAGCCCUUUGCACUUAGCUGCCUACAAUGGUCACUGUGAAGCCCUGAAGACACUGGCUGAGACGCUGGUGAAUCUGGAUGUAAGGGACCACAAGGGCCGGACCGCGCUCUUCCUGGCCACUGAGCGAGGCUCUACUGAGUGUGUGGAGGUGCUUACGGCCCACGGCGCCUCUGCACUCAUCAAGGAGCGCAAACGCAAGUGGACGCCCCUGCACGCUGCUGCUGCCUCUGGCCACACUGAUUCCCUGCACUUGCUGAUCGACAGUGGGGAACGAGCUGACAUCACAGAUGUCAUGGAUGCCUAUGGACAAACCCCACUGAUGCUGGCCAUCAUGAAUGGCCACGUGGAUUGUGUCCAUCUGCUGCUAGAGAAAGGAUCCACAGCUGAUGCUGCUGACCUCCGGGGCCGCACUGCCCUCCACCGUGGGGCAGUGACUGGCUGCGAGGACUGCCUGGCCGCCCUGCUGGACCACGACGCAUUUGUGCUGUGCCGAGACUUCAAGGGCCGCACCCCCAUUCACCUGGCCUCAGCCUGCGGCCACACUGCCGUGCUACGGACCCUGCUGCAGGCCGCCCUCUCCACGGACCCCCUGGAUGCUGGCGUGGAUUACAGUGGAUACUCGCCCAUGCACUGGGCCUCCUACACUGGACAUGAAGAUUGUCUGGAGUUGUUACUUGAACACAGCCCGUUUUCAUACCUGGAGGGAAACCCCUUCACUCCUUUGCACUGUGCAGUAAUUAAUAACCAGGACAGCACCACAGAGAUGCUGCUGGGAGCUCUGGGUGCCAAGAUUGUGAACAGCCGAGAUGCCAAAGGACGGACCCCUCUUCACGCCGCUGCCUUCGCGGACAAUGUAUCUGGGCUCCGGAUGCUGCUGCAGCAUCAAGCCGAGGUGAACGCCACGGACCACACUGGCCGCACCGCGCUCAUGACGGCGGCUGAGAACGGCCAGACCGCUGCUGUGGAAUUUCUGCUGUAUCGAGGGAAGGCAGACCUUACUGUGCUGGAUGAGAACAAGAACACUGCCCUCCACUUGGCUUGUAGCAAGGGCCAUGAGAAAUGUGCCCUCAUGAUCCUGGCAGAAACCCAAGACCUUGGCCUUAUCAAUGCUACCAACAGUGCGCUGCAGAUGCCACUCCACAUUGCUGCCCGGAACGGUCUAGCUUCUGUGGUGCAGGCCCUGCUGAGUCGUGGGGCCACAGUGCUGGCUGUGGAUGAAGAAGGUCACACCCCAGCGCUGGCCUGCGCCCCCAACAAAGAUGUGGCAGACUGCCUGGCCUUGAUCCUCUCCACCAUGAAGCCUUUCCCACCCAAGGACGCCGUCAGUCCUUUCAGCUUCAGCCUGCUCAAGAACUGCGGCAUUGCGGCGGCCAAGACGGUGGGUGGCUGUGGCGCCCUGCCCCACGGGGCCUCCUGCCCCUACAGCCAGGAGCGGCACGGCGCCAUCGGGUUAGACGGCUGCUACUCGGAGUAGCCCCCCUUCAGUGUCCCUCCCCCUGCCGGUGGCUUGAUACCUUAUUCUAUUUAUUUAGAAAAAGUCUAUACAUUUAGGGCACUUUAAAGGAGAACACGACUGGGUGGGGGGGACGGAGGGGGGGAAGCACUGGGGAGCAGCUGCUCACCCCUUUGCCACACCAUCCUGGCCUGGCAGGGGUCUGGGACUGACAGGGAGCACCCCAGGCCCUUGGCACCCCCAGGGCAACCCCUUCUGCCAAGUGUCCCCAAAUGAUUGCUAAAUGCCUGGCUACCCUCUCUUUUACCCCAUCUCUCAGUUCCCCCUUUCUGCUGCCAACUCCCCCCACCCCUCCCCUCCCUUUGCCUCUCCUCUCUGUGUCCCCCUCCCCCUGCCCCUGCCCCUACUGCCAGGCAGAUCCCUCCUCUUCUUCCAUACCCAUCACUGCCUCCCUGCUCGGCUGGCCCCUCCAUCCCCGCAGCAGUGAGAAGCCUUAAUUUCUGGUACUGUGUGAGCACUCUGGGGGUGUCCCCCUCCCCCUUCAGGGGCAGCUAGUGGAUGAGGGGGGAGGGUAUUUAGCACUGGGGCCUGGAGCUUUUCCCCCACUUCUGUACCCCGUCACCCCUAAAGUUCAAAUGCAGAACACUUGAAGCAGCAACUACUGUACCUGGGCCCCAAUCCUGCACUCUCCCCUGGCUCCUCAUAUGCAAAUCAAGGGCUGGUUCUGCCCCCACAGCCUGCUCCUCCUCCCUGACUCCCUUCCACUCCCGGCCUGGCCCCCUAACCACGCACUUUAACCUUGCUUCUUUCUUUUAACUUCUUUUGGGAGGGCAGAGCCUGUGGCCAUUCCCUCCCUGGCUCCCCUCUCCCUUAACUUUGAGGCUUGUCAUGAAUUUUUAAGUAAGCAUUUUAUCCUUUAGGGGAAGAAACAAAUUAAUUUCCUGCCCAUUUCAAAACCACAGCCCCAGUAUGUCCUGUGUGUUUCAGGCAUGUGUUUGCAUGUGUGGGGAGGGAAGGACCAUGUUCUUCCUCCUGUGCCCCCCCAAACCCAUAGUUCCUCUGUGCCCCCACUGUCCGUUAUGUCCAAGAGUACCCACUGCCCCCAGUCACUCCUGAUCUGAAGCCAAAGAUGGUGGGAGGGGCAGGGCAGACUAGGGACCGUGGCUACUCGGGACCCCAGCUUCCCCUCCGGUGUGAGGAUGAAGCUCUGACCUAGAGAGCGAUGAAUACACACGCUGAGGCUUGGUCCCUGUCCUCCCGGCCGCGGGGAGAGAUGGGAUUGAGCUAGGGGCUGCACUGAGAAGAUCCCCAAAAGCCAAACUGGGCCAGAGUGAGGAGGGGGCAGUUUUCUCUCUAAAUGUAGCAUUGAAUUUGGCCCUGGUCCCUUCCAACGCCCUGUCCAUCCAUCUCCCAGCUAAGCCUCCUGGACAGUUGGAUCCACUCCCAUAGCCCAGUGUUCCCUUCCUCACACUCAAUACCUCAGCCAGGGGCCAAGACACAGAACUUGAAUAGAGGUCAUGCCCCCUCCACCCCCACAGUGCAUCCUUGCCCAGUUUGGCUGCCAUCAGUAUUGUCCCCUGAGAACUGGACAGGCUUCGUUUACACAGUACAGGGUUCCGCCUCCCUGGGGGAGCCCUCAGUCUCCUUCCCCCACCCACGCUUGCUUUGUUCACGACCUCACCCACUUUUCAGUUGUGUCCCCUGCAAGUCUUGCCGCCUUCGCCAAGGAGGGGCUGAGGGGAGAGGGGGGGGCAUCCCAGGGACCCCUCCCUCCCUACCAGAUACCCUUAACCAUACCUCAUGCUGGUUCCCUGAAGCCUGGGGUGUUUGUCCAAGUCCUUAUUUUUUUUGUUAUGGUCUCUCUUUAUCCCGUCUGUCUGUGUCUUGCUUCCCCCAACCCUCAGUUCCUAAACCAUUUCAAAGCUUCCAAAUGACCAUUAUUGGUGAGAAGGAUUGUGCAGCUUUUAGUUUUUAGGUUUGUUUUCAAAGCCAAAGGGCCUUGCGACGCCCCUCUUGCCCACCUCCCUUCACGCCCUGUCCUCCCCUAUACGACAAUCAAUGUGACCUCUCUUAAGGGCUGCAGCCCCCCGCCCCCAACCCUGCUGGUUCUGCAAAGCUUGCCCCUAACUUCAGCUCGCUCUCCUGAAAUCUUCCCAUUCCACCCCCUCCCUCUCAUUUUGGUGCUGGGAAUUAGGUGAUGGGGGCAGGGGGAGCAGAGCGGUGGGUCCUCCAGAGAAGACUCUCGGGGUAUCAGUCGUGUUCUCCUUUAUCAGGCGAUGUUUGGCGAUGACAGGAAGAACCUGAGUAUUUGUCAGGAGCCCCAUUGUUUUGCUAGAUGAGAUUUCUGGUGGCUGCCUCUUCCCCUGCUGCCCCUUCAGCACAUGGUCAGCAGUGCUGGGGUAGGCCGGGGGGAUCCUUGGCCCUCCUCGUGUGGCUGUGAGGGGGUGUGGAGGACGCGCAGCCUCCUCUCCUUAUGCCAAAGGAAAUCCCACACCCCACCCCGGGCUCCCCAGCCCCUAGUGUUUUUUGAAGUGUUUUGACCAUUCUCAUGGCCACUGCAUAUUUAUUUUAAUGUUAAGAUUUUUUUUUUUAAAACCUCUUUGACUUAAACGGGUGUGGAGAAAUAAAACAGGCAGAAUGCCCCCCAAUCUUAAGGGGUAGGGUGGGGAGGAAACACCUCCUUCCCUUCGCCCUCCCUCUUCCCUCCCCCUCUCCCCACCGCAGCUCUAAAGCACUUGCUUCAAGUAAUAAGCACUUUUGAGAAAAGGCCUAUUUUACGUGAGGACCCUGGGAGCAGCCCCAGGUCCCAGCAAAGGAGACAGAGCGAGGGCUACAUAGGAGACAGGGAAACAGGCUUGUGAAUCAGAGGGCGAGUUGAAAAGAGCCAGUUUUUAGUUUCUGAUUUUUGGGGAGACGUUUCUGAUUGGGCGGUGGCUUUGGUAGGGUUGUGUACUAUCCUUCAGAAAAACAAAUGGCACAAACUGUGGGUCCCAGGAUGGGCCAACAGACCCGGGUCACUGCCACUGUCCAACUGAGACUGACGGGCCACCUCCCCCGCUGUGGCCCCCUGAGCCAUAGGACUGCUGAAAACCACUGAAUGUACAGCCCAGGUUGGGGUGGGGAGCAGCCCCUGGGGGAGGGGGCUUCUCCUUCUGUUUGGUGCUGUGGGGGGUGGGAGAGAUGAGACUGAGGGACUGCCACCCCACUUAGACAUGUGUUCCUUGGGGUGGAGGGGCUGAGGAGGGCCUACCUCCCUCUCCAACCCCAGCAUGGCCCCUCUUCCUUCCUCAUCCCUAUCCGUUUUGACUGUAAGUCCAGCUCACCUUUGCCUUCAAUAUGUAACCAAAGGAAAACUCAAUACUGUUUCCACCGCUGUCUGCCCACCCGAGCACCUUCUUACUCCCCGGACCUAGAAGGGAGGAGAGGCUGGAGG